CCUUCUUCUUCUUCAGAAACCCUCGAAUCAGUCGAAUGGCAUCAGUCAUGGCUUCCCAGGCCCUCUACUCCCAAACCCUAAUCAAACCCCCAACCCCCACCACCAAAUCCAGGCCCUUCCGCUCUCCUCCUUCCAUCCUCCGCCUCACACCCACCCCCACCCCCUCGCUCCCCCUCUCCCUCCGCCGACCCCUCUCCGUCUCCGCCACCGUCCAAUCCCACCGCCCACUCUCCGACUCCCCCACCCGCACUCUCACCACUCUCUUCGCCUUCACCCUCGCCGCCUUCAAGGCCGCCUCCCGCCCCGUCAUCGACUUCGCGGCCCAACACGGCCCCGCCGUCGCCUCCUCCGCCGGCACCCUCUUCUUCGCCUCCAUCAGCGACCGCCCCAGCGGCUACCUCAACACGCCGCUCACCGUCGUCGCCGCCGGCCUCUCCAAGUGGCUGGACAUCUACAGCGGCGUGUUGAUGGUUAGGGUUCUGCUGAGCUGGUUCCCCAACAUUCCAUGGGACCGUCAGCCGCUCUCGGCCAUCCGGGACCUCUGUGAUCCCUACCUCAACCUGUUCCGCAACAUCAUCCCGCCCAUUUUCGACACCUUGGACGUCAGCCCUCUACUUGCUUUCGCUGUUCUCGGCACGCUCGGGUCGAUCCUCAACAACAGCAGGGGGAUGUACUGAUGGAGCAGCAGGAGAAAUGUGGUUGGCUUUCGAUGGGUUAGUGAGCUGGUUUUGAUCAAAAUAGGUUUUGUUACAAGUUUCGGAAUAGGUUUGAUAUAACCUCUGUUCUUAUUGGGCUAUAAUGUGAUGAAUUUCAAAUUCAGUAUGAAUAUAUAGAUUUCAACACUUUUUGUAUCAUGAGAUUUUCAUUCUGUGUUUUGUAUUUGUUGUUUGCGGUUUUCCAUUGGUUGUUGGAUGUUGAAUUGUGGAGUUUUGGAUGUAAUGAUAGGCAAGCUGUUUUGCAGCUCUGGCGGUUUAGUUACUUGACAUUAGGGUGUGUGUAGUUUUAUGAUUAGUGGAUUCACAGGAGGGAUUGAG